AUGAAUGACGAGAAAUUAAGCAGUUUAUUAAAUUGGGCCAAGGAAAAUGGUGCUAUUAUAGAUGACCGCAUUGGAUUCAAAUACAAUACCAAUUCAGGAUUCUCAUGUUUUGCUAAAAAUGAUAUUAAAUCAGAAGAAAAACCUUUGAUUGAAAUUCCUAAGAAUUUAUUAAUUACUCAUUCUUUGGCUGAGUCUCACUUCAAUACAAAAAUCACUGAAAUCAAAUUGACAUCAAAAAAUUCAAAUGCAUUAACUCAAUUAUAUCUAUCAAAAUUAAAGUUUUCAAAUUCAAAUGAUGAAGAGGUACUCCAUUUAAAGCCAUAUUUAGAUAUCUUGCCCUCUGAUCUUGAACAACCAUACUUUUGGGGCUCGAAGUUAUUACAAUUGGUUCAUCAAACAGAUUUAUAUUUAAUAUUAAAGGAAAUCAUUGUUAAAAUAUACAAUGAAUGGAUUGAGCUGAAAGAGCAGUUAAACGUCGAACAACGAGAAGAUGAGGAUAAAAAUUUGAAAGGCAGUUCGGCAGACCAAUUAUUAGAAUAUUUAAGGACAUACAAUUCCAAUGAAAUAAAAUGGGAAAGUUUUUAUGCAUAUACGUGGGCAACUUGUAUUUUUAAAUCAAGGGCCUUUCCAAAUUUAGUUAUUGAUGAUAAAAACGUAAUUGAUAUUAACCUAGCAUUUCUAUAUCCAGUUGUUGAUUUGCUAAAUCAUAAAAAUGAUACAAGAGUCAAGUGGUCUUAUAAUGAGAAUAAAGUUCAAUUUGUAUCAGAAGAGAAAAUAAAUGUUGACAUGGAAUUGUUUAAUAACUAUGGUAAUAAGUCUAAUGAAGAAUUGUUGCUAAACUAUGGUUUUAUUGAAGAGAAUAAUGUUCAUGAUAAUACAAGGUUAACUUUAAGACUAGAGACUGCAGCAUUAGUUGGCGCACAGAAUUCAGGUGUGAAGUUUUCGAAAGAGGAAUUAGUUAAGUCAGAUUGUGUUCAGUUCCUUAUUGACAAUAAUGGUGAAGUUCCUAAAUCACUAAUUAAUUUAUUUGGAUACCUUUGCAAAUUAAAAUCCGAAGAAUUCACUAACAUUAGAAGUGUUUUAGAAGGUAUUGAUCAAUUGAACACUAUAUUAACUCAAAAAAUUGAGCUGUUCAAAAGUAUAUCAAAAGCUAGAAGUGAAGGUUUUGGUUCUUCUGAAGUGAAAACUGUACAAAGCAUUAAAAAAUUUGCAAACUCUCAAAAGAUGAUAUAUAACAGAGCAUUCGAUAACUUGUUGAAACUGCAAAAAACAAUAUUAAAAUCUGCGAAAGAAACCUUAUCUUUUAGAUCUGCUUAUAAAAGCGAUCAAUUAUUUUCUAAUAGUUUAUUGUUAACUUGGGGUAUCACUAACUAUGAAGAUUUAAAGAAGAAUGACAAUUUUAGAGAGGCAGUUUUGAUGUGGAUGGUUAGAAUAUCAAACCAAAAUAAUUAUAAAAACAAAUUUAAAUUCAAUCCUCCAAAAUUCAUCUUUGAUUGUUUUAAGGAAAAAUCCAAGUCUAUUGUGAUAGAAAAAGAAGAUGUUGCAGAAUUUCUCCCUUUCCACAAGAAAUUAUUUCCAGCACUUUCGCAAAAGAUACCUGAAGUGUAUGGACAAGGUGAUUGGGGGAUAAAACAGUUUAUUAUCGCCAGUAGUGUAUAUGAUAUGUUGGUCUGGACAAAAGACAUAACUCAAGAGCCACUGUUCAUAAAAAAUGAGAAGUAUUUAUUAUAA